AUGAAGGGACUGGACAAGAAAAUAACUCUGUCCAAUAUGUCUCAUUCUCCAUUUGCAUCCAAUGGGAAUCCUCCUUCUAAUAAACAAGUCUCAUCCAAUGAACCCACCAUUAGAAACCAGGUCCGUCGUCGGGGUCGUGCAUUAGAUCCUAACAUGAACUUCAGAAAGCUCAAAAGAGUUAUGGCGAGUAGACAAUAUUUCCAGAAGUAUAGACUCAAGCAGCUUGAAUAUGAUCUACAACUUGAAAAAGAUGUGCAAGCUUUACAGGCUGAAGUUGCAAUCACCUCACCAAGGAUCAAGUAUGUUGAUAACCAAAAUUUUUUAUUAAGGAUACAAAAUGGUUCAAUGAAUGAAAGCCUUUCUGUCUUUUCCAGUGAUCUUAUAUUCAAAGAAGCUCAAUAUGAAGAACUGAAGAAGGAGAGGGACAUGUUAAAGCGAUUCUAUGAGAUGAAUCAACCACAAGUGCUAGAUUUUUUGAAAAUAAAACCAUUUGAGAAUUAUUGA